UACAAGCCCGUGUCCUACGCGACGACGGCCUGCCUCUUCGCCAUCGCCAUCGCCGGCUGGGUCGCGACGUGGUGCGCGCAGAUGGCCUUCACCUACAGCGUCGGGCUGACCAUGAGCAAGAAGCGCCUCGAGUUCUGGAACGGCUACAUCUUCCGGCUCCUCGCGGCGGCGCCCGUCGCGAACCUCACGCCCGGCGUGACCGUGACCAAGACGCGGACCUCCUGGACGCCGACCAAGGCCAUGACGGACGGCAAAAGCCCCGUCAUGGUCAUCUGCAACCACCGCUCCUACAUGGACCCCUUCGCGCUCGCGUCCGCGCUCCUCCCGCUCGAGACCAAGUACGUCGCGAAGAGCGACCUCUUCAAGGUGCCCUUUGGGGGCUGGGCGAUGAAGAACGCGGGCGACCUCGCCGUGCGCUUCGACGCGAACAAGAACGCGGGCUGGGGCACGGUCAAGGGGAGCACGGGCCAGCUCCUCGCGCAGGCGGCCGCGCACUUCGAGGCGGGCAACUCCGUGUGCAUCUUCCCCGAGGGCGCGCGCAUGGGCAUCAGCGACGAGAAGUGCCUCGAGGCCAAGGCCCACCCGUCCAAGCUCAUGCUCUUCAAGCCCGCCUUCUUCGACCUCUGCAAGAAGCAGGGCGUGCCCGUCGUGCCCGUGUCCAUGAUGGGCACGGACGAGGUCUGGCCC